AUGAAUAAAUGUGAUAAACACGAUAAAGAUCUUGAUUUACUUUGUUCAGAUUGUAAAUCGAUCAUAUGUUAUCGUUGUCUUGUUGCGAAACAUCGUCAACAUAAUACAUAUCAUACAGAUGAUAUCAAACAAUCACUUUUAGAUAUAGAUUAUUCUGUUGUUGUAGUAGUAGCUAGUAGUGAUGAUGAAGAUAAUAAUAAUAUUAUUCAAGAUAGAAUAGAAUGGUUAUGGAGUCAAGUUAAUGAUUCAGUCUAUCUUAUUCAAGAGCUGUCAAAAACAGAGAAUGAAAUCAGUGAUCAUUUCAAACAAUACUAUGAAAUGUUAAUGAAAGAAGAGAGAUCAUUAAAACAACCAAUCAUCGAUGAACUCGAUCAAACCAAUCAACUACUCGAUAAACUAAUCAAAGAAAUACAAUCAUUACACAAUAUCAUUCAAUCAAUCACUCCAACUCUUAAAUCAGAUGAACAUAACAAUGAUAAUAAUAAUGAAAAGAAUAAUAUAUCAACUAGUUAUGAAAUACCAAUAUUGGUUGAAUCAAUUAAACAAUCAAAAUCAUUCGAACAAUUCAUUCAUAAUAAUAGUAAUACAAUAUUUAAUAUUCAACAACAAAACAACAAUGAAAUCAUUGAAUAUUUAAAUAAUAACAAUGAAAUCAACAAGAAUAAGAAACAAAAUAAUAAUAACUCUUUCGAUUCAUUCUCCAAAAAUUCCAUUUCUUUUCCAGAUUUGAAAUCACAUUUAUAUAAUGAUAACUCUGACACUAUUGGUUUCAUUGGUCAACCUUUUUCUUGCUUCAUAGAACCAUUCAACAUCUAUUUCUAUGGCAAAUCAUACCAUUCAAGACGGGAUAGAACAAUUUUAGUCCGAUUCAAUACGUUUCUGGAGGAAUUCGAAGUGUUGCGGGAUGAUGACUGUGAACAUAUAUUGCCAUUUGGAUUGUUUCACGAUAUCAUAGAGAAAUAUUCGGUGCACUACGAUUGCAAGGAGAAACAAAUUGUCAGAGUUCGAUAUCAAAUGUUUUCAUCAACAAUUUUAUCGGAGAAUAUAAUUGUCAGCGAUGUCAUUCCAAAAUAUAUUGGCUAUUGUUUUAAAGACGAUCAACACUUGUAUCUUUAUUAUGGUGAUGAAUACUCUGACUAUUUCAUUAAAGUCGACAGUUAUGAUGAUAUUGAGAAUCUCGCAACAAUUGAAGAACUUGCGCCAAUAGAUAUUGAAAAUCACGAAAACAAACCUUCGAUAAUAACAAUGUUUUACAAAUAUAACAAGAUCUAUCUCUUCACCAAAGAUAAAUCGUAUGUCUAUUCUUUUAAACGCAAAGAAUGGAAAGAAUCUCAUUAUCAGACAACCAAUGUUCAUUUCAUUUCAGAGUCAGAGUAA